UUAGUUUGAAAGUAUUUAUAAUGUAACUGACCUGACCUAAUCAACCAUUUUAUUUAUUACGCAUUCACUAACACACGUCAAAAUAAAAAAUGGCGACGUUCGAAGGGUUAAACAGGCGUUGUAUUGCUAAAUUAAAAAUUUUUAUAUCUCAUAAAGUAUUUGGAAUUUCUUAUCUCCGCCGGUUGAUUUGAAAAGAGGAAGUGAAAUAACAUAGAAUAAAAGUAUUUUCGGAUUGUUAGCAUUUUUUUCCGCAUGAAUACGCAGGUAUUGUGAAGAAAAUUAAAAAAUUCGAUAUCUCCGAAAGUAGUUGGAAUUUCUUAUCUCCGCCGGUUGAUUUGAAAAGAGGAAGUGCAAGAGCACAGAAUAAAAGUGUUUUCGGGUUUUGAGCAUUUUUUUUGGCAUCUACCGCGACUGUACAUAUUUACCAAAAUUUGAAACGUUAAAAACUCACCUAAGUUAGAGGCGGGUACAAUUCCUUUGCCAUUAGUAGAAAAUUAUGUAGUUGUUCACCUACGUCACGGGAAAAAAAAAUAAAUAAAUAAAUAAUACUCGUAACAAACAAGAAACAAUGGUGGCCACAUGAAUGCACAGGUAUUGUGAUGAAAAUUUAAAAAUUCAAUAUCUCCUAUGGUAUUUGGAAUUUCUUAUCUCCGCCAUGUUCAAUGAAAAGAAGUUAAAGAGCAUAGAAUAAAAGUAUUUUCGGAAUUUUUAAAAUUUUUUUAACAAAUAUCGCCGAACUAUGAAAAUUAAAAUUUCGAUAUCUCCUAAAGUAUUUGGAAUUUCUUAUCUCCGCCGAUUGUUUUGAAAAAAGGAAGUGAAAGAGCAUAUAAUAAAAGUAUUUUCGGAUUUUUAGCAUUUCUUUUCGCAUAUACCGCUACUCUACAUAUUUACCCCUGGAAUAUUAUAAUUGCCUACAUUGAGUAAUUCAGUAUUAAGGAUUAGGUUCUUGACAAUGAAGCAGAAUAACGAAAGCCCAUUUAGGAUGUGGUCAGCAUUUGCUUGGAUUCUUGGCACUGUGUGCAUGCCAUUAGCGAUACCAUGGGUGGUAUUUAACAUUGUAGCUGCGUGGAAGUUUAAACUAUUCAAAAACAAGUUACAAGGCAAGGUGGUUUUAGUUACUGGAGCUAGCUCUGGGCUUGGAGAAGCUUUGUCCCAUGAAUUCUACAAGGCAGGUUGCCGAGUCAUAUUAGCUUCUCGGCGGCAAGAUGAGCUGAAGCGAGUGCGGGAAUGCCUCCUCAAAAUUCAUAAGACUCAGCACAUUCAUCCUCCUGUCAUUAUACAGUUGGAUUUGUCCGACACCAACUCCAUCCCUGAUUUUGUUAAUCAGGCCCUAAAUAUAUUUGGUCACGUCGACAUAUUAGUCAACAAUGCCGGUGUCAGUUAUCGAGGGCAGAUAGUUACCACAGGCAUUGAUGUUGACAUUAAAACCAUGAUGGUGAACUAUUUUGGACAAGUAGCACUAACAAAAGCUCUAUUACCAUCUAUGAUCAAAAAUCACAGUGGUCAUAUUGUAGCUGUAAGCAGUGUGCAGGCAAAAAUAGCCAUACCAUAUAGGUCGGCGUAUGCAGCAUCCAAGCAUGCACUGCAGGCUUUCUGCGACACCCUGAGGGCAGAAGUGGCUUGUCACAAUGUGAAAGUGCUGGUUAUCACAGCAGGAUAUAUAAAUACCAAUCUCUCUCUGAAUGCCAUUACGGGGGAUGGAAAAACAUACGGAGUGCUGGAUGAAACGACUGCUGCUGGGUUCAGCCCUGAACAUGUAGCCCGAGAGAUUGUGAAGAAUGUGGUGCUGGAGAGUAAAGAAAUUACUGUUUCGCAGCUUGUGCCCCGAAUAGCGAUCUAUUUGCGCACUUUCGCCCCAGCUUUGUAUUUCUGGAUCAUGGCAAGGAGAGCGAAGAAGCAGCAGAUGUGAAUGAUCUUUGUGAGCUGACAUUCUUAUUGUUGUCAUGUAAUUAAUUUACCAAGUGGUACACAUCAACAAAAUUUUUAUUGCGAUACUGGAAAACAAAUACGAUCAGUAACAACAUUAUAAAAUAUCUACCAUGGGUGGUAUAGAGACGUUGACGUUACUCUUACAAGACCAGCACCUACAUUACCAUUGUACACCUAGGGGGAGUGCUGUGGUUUAUGGAAAGUCUUGUCGACAACACUGUGAUUUUAUAAAGAUUGUUGACAGCUGUGGAAAAUAAUUGUUAUGAAAAAUGUUAUUUAUUCAUUGUAUUGAUUUUACAAAAAACAAUCACGGAUUAUGUUAUGAUAAUUUCAAUUAUGCCUUGCAUGUGGAUGUUUUGACUUUGUGUGGUAACUUGCAAUAGUCGUUCAUUACAUAACAUUUUUUAGUGUAUAAUGGUGCAGGAUUGUAGCUUGGUGUAAUCAAGACAAUUGAAGUUACCCAAAUGAAAUAAAACAGUUUAUUCCUCUGUGAUUGCAUUUUAGGGACUGGAGCCUGUGGCAGAGUAUUCUUAGGACAUGAUGCUUUUCGGUAAUGCAGUACAUCAGUUGUAUAGGUGCAAGGUCAUGGUGACCAGUUUUCCAUACAUACUUGUAUUUCAUCAUUCUUAAUAUUCUUGUAAUUAAUUUUGAUAUUUUUAUACUUUAUAAGUAAAGCCAUUUAACUAUGUUUCUACUGUUUUCACAUUUUUGCUAAGUUAGUAUUUGUUAGAAUAUAUUUUUCAGCAUUUUAUGUACUCUUAGUAAUGUUUUUUUGCUCAUAUUUUACAAUUGGAUUUGGAUGCUAUAAUUAUGUUUCUAGAAUAUUGUACAUUGUUUUGUCAAAAGGAAGGACCAGACGCGCACAACUCGGCAGCACCAAUUUCCCCAUUUAUUUUAUAUAAUGCUUUCUGUAUGUAUUUCUUAUGAUAGGAACAUCAGCAGGUGGUGGCUACCUUGGAAGGUGGUAAAUUGAUUGGGUUUUCAUGCCAGCCAAUCAGAAAAGACUGUGAUUUAUAUGUUUGCUUUUUUGCAGAAAUGACUCAAUGCGAGGGUUAUGUAUUUUGUGUGUUGUGUUCUUGGAUGAAAGAGGUGCAUUGUGAUUGAUGAUCGAUGAUCUUCCCUGUGAGGUUGGAUGUAGUUGCGUAGCCUCGUCAGUCAUUAAAGAGUGCUGGGCCGGUUGGUCACACCGUUCUGCAGCUCACUGAAAACAAUUUUUUGAUACUGUAAGGGAGACAAUUUUGAGUAUGGGUACCGGAGCCAUGCCAUAGUAAUAUUCCACCUUUUGUCUUUUUAUUUUUCGGAUGUUGAACUAUAAUUUGUAGACUCCAGACAUGUGGCACGGGCCUGGGUGGUCCGUUGGACCACUAGAAAACGUGGUUCCAGUUUUUUCAGUACUUAUAGCACGUUUCAUUCGUGGUUUGCAGUAUGCAUUUAUAUGGGCAUUUACUCUCUUUUCUAAGUGCACGAUAUCUGCCAUUAUCUCCGUCGUUUUUGUGUGUGAUGUUGCCAGAUAUACACCAUAGAGAUAAAGGUUUUAGACAUAACUUUGUAAUGUACGUUUUUGAAGUAUAUCUGAAACAUUUUCUUUUGUAAGGAUAAUUUCAUCAAGAGCCUUUUGAUAAUUUUCAUUUAUUUCUAAAGAGUCAUAAUUGAAAGAUGCCAUCUUGUUUUCAACUGGUUUUGUCAUUAAUGUUUUUAUAUAGUCUAAUAGCAUAGCUCAUUUCAUGGAAUACGUUUUUGUUAAGUGACCAGCUGUAACAAAUAAGUUUCUCAUGUGAAAUAAAUACUAAUGUUUAGAAUUAAA